AUCCAUUGCAAAGGUCAAACGUGUUUAGAAGAAAUUUUCAGAGUUUCUCUGUGAAUCUUGGGUGUUUUGAAAUUAACCUGUGACAUGAUUUGGUUAGUGCUGAUUGUGGCCAUUGUGGCUUUGACGACCUUCUGGAUGUGGAAGAAAGCAGCAAAGAAGCGAAAGUUCUUCGAAGACAAGGGAAUUAAGGUCAAUAAGCCGAGAUUCUUCCUCAUGACAAUGUACAAACUCCUGACGAAGCAGAUGGGAAUUGUGGAUAUGAUCCAAGGCCUUUAUAAUGAAGUCUCAGGAGGUGAAAAAGUUGUUGGUUUCUACGAUGGAAACACCCCAAUUUUAAUGCUGAAAGAUCCCGACGUUAUCAAACGUUUAGCUGUGAAAGAAUUCGAACACUUUCAAGACCGCAGAGACUUUAUCAACGAAGAAAUGGAUCCACUUUUCGGCAAUUCUCUCUUUGUCUUGAAGGAGCAGAAAUGGAGAGAUAUGAGAGCGACUUUGAGUCCUGCUUUCACAGGCAGCAAAAUGCGUUUGAUGUGUGAUUUUAUUGUGGAAAUUGGAGAGCAAAUGGCAGAAUUCAUUCAUAGAGAAGCUCAAGAAAAAGGCCCUCAAGUUUACGAGAUGAAAGAACUUUUAUCUAGAGUAGCUCACGAUGUGAUUGCAAGCUGUGCUUUUGGUAUAAAAGUUGACUCCUUAACUAACAAGACCAAUGAAGUCUAUUUGGCUGGGAAGAUUCUCUCAAACUUCGAUGGAACUGAAAAAAUGCUGAAGCUCAUACUUUAUCGCUUCUUUCCUUAUCUCAUGAAGGUGUUGAAUAUAAGUGUAACGCCUCAGAAAGAAUCGAAAUUCUUCAGAAGUCUCGUCACAGACUCAAUGAAGGUUCGUGAGCAACAACACAUUAUUCGUCCUGAUAUGAUUCAUCUCCUGAUGGAAGCUAACAAAGGCAAGCUGAAUCAUCAGCAAAAUGAAGUAGAUUCAGCAGGAUUUGCCACUGUUGAUGAAUCUAGUGUUGGAUGGAGGAAAUCUGGAAGGAUUUGGUCAGAAACCGAAAUUGUGGCGCAAUGUUUCCUCUUCCUUCUCGCAGGAUUCGAAUCUGUGUCGUCAGCUAUGAGCUUUGCGGCUCAUGAAAUAUGUGUGAAUCCUGAUGUACAGAAGAAGUUGUACGAAGAGAUCAAAUCAGUAGAUGAUGAACUCAAUGGAAAGCGUGUCACUUACGAUAUUCUUCAGAAGAUGAAGUACUUGGACAUGGUAGUGUCAGAAACCCUGCGAAUGUAUCCACCGGCAACGAUAGUGGACAGAGAGUGCAAUAAGGAUAUCACCCUGGAAUUGUAUGACAAUUUUAAUUUCGACUUUAAGAAGAAAUAUGCCGUUUGGAUUCCUAUUUAUGCCUUUCAUUGGGACGCAAAAUACUUCCCUGAUCCUGCCAAAUUCGAUCCAGAACGAUUUAGCGAUGAGAACAAAUCAACAAUCGAUCCAAGCACUUAUAUGCCUUUUGGAAUCGGGCCGAGAAAUUGCGUAGGCUCCAGAUUCGCUCUCAUGGAACUCAAGUCCAUAAUCUACUAUUUGGUACUGAAUUUUUCACUUGAAGUUACUGAAAAAACUCAAAUUCCACUGAAAUUGGCAUCUUCUUUUGGAGCACUCCAAUCUGAGCGUGGAAUUCAUGUUAAACUCUGCCCAAGGAAAUGAUUUGUAUAAAUUAAAUUUAAUACUAUUUCAUUGUGAAUUGCGGAAAAUACAAAAUAAACAAUGAUAAAGUGAUAACAAAUAGACACCGAUAAAGACACAGACUCGCAAGAAAUUGCAGAAACCAAUCAGGAAAAUCAUUAUGAAACCUUUAAUAGAACGAUGGAGAUUGGUCACUAUAUACCUACGCAUUUGCGAUCUUAU